UUUUCCUAAUGAUACAUCUGUUUGCAUGUCAGUGAGUCCCCGCGAUGUCUGACGCCGCCCUCCCCGCCACCGUUGCCGACGUCCCCACCCCGUGUCUGCUGGUGGACAUCGACAAGGUGAAGAGGAACUGUAAGAGAAUGACUGACACUGCCAGGAAUAUGGGAGUCCAGCUGAGACCGCACGUCAAGACCCACAAGACCAUAGAGGGAGGGGACAUCACGACUGCCGGCACCAGGAGGAAGAUCGUUGUCGCCACUCUCAAUGAAGCGGAAUUCUUCGCUGCAAAUGGCUACGAUGACAUUCUUUAUGGUUUCCCGAUAUCGAAGGAAAAACUACCCAGGUGCCAGAAGCUGGCCAAUCAGCUGUCCGAGUUCCACAUCAUGUAUGACAGCGUGGAGGCCAUGCAGUGGGUCAAGGAUACCCCGCUCAACCCGGACAAGAAGUGGUCAGUCAUCAUGAAGGUGGACACAGGAUAUGGGCGAGCCGGCGUGUUGUGGGACAGUGAUGACGUCGUUACCGUCGCUAAAGCGGCCGUUGACGCCGACAACGUGAAGUUCCUCGGCAUCUACACCCACUGCGGUAGCUCCUACGACUGCACGGGUGUAGACGAACUGAAGAAGUUUGGCACCACCAACACAGACAGACUGACCACAGUGAGAGACAAGCUGAAGUCGGCGGGGAUCGCCUGUGAGACGGUGGGGACAGGCUCCACCCCUUCCUGCAGUAAACCUGCAGACAACAUGGCCGCCCUGACGGAGUUCCAUCCGGGCAAUUACAUCUUUUAUGACUACGAGCACGUGCGGAUAGGGGCGUGUACCCUGGAUGACGUGGCAGUACGUGUAGCCACCAGGGUCAUCAGUCACAAGCCCUCCAAGAACCAGCUGGUCACAAACAGCGGCUUCACAUCAGUCUCGCACGACGGGAUCAAACAAAUCGGCGAGGAGUUCUGUGUUGUGCAGGGCCACCCCAAUCUCAGACUUGUCGAGAUGAGUCAGGAACACGGAAAGAUCCGACCUGCCACGGGAGAUCUUGACUUCGGAGAAUACCCGCUAGGAACCAUGUUGUUUCUGUACCCGUAUCAUUCCUGUGCCACGGCCUACAACCACCCCCUGUAUUACGUCCACUCCGGGGAGAAGAUCGUGGGGGUGUGGCGUCCAACCCGUGGGUGGUGAUAAUCAGGGUAGAGAAGAAGAUUUUUUUUACGUAAUUGACAUUUUACCUCUUAGUCCCUGUUACAGAUAAUGCCUGGCAUCCAGGGUGGUGCCUGGCGCAAGUAAGAAAAUAUAUACAGACACCUGUAGAAAACACAGGCAAGGUUAAGGGUGUUGGUGUCCCUAUUAACUGUAGAUGUAUAGAAUUUGGAAAAUCAAAUCUCAGAUCCAAGAUCAGUGUCAUAUUUUUAAUGCAUUUACUUGUACAGGAAGUGGAAAGUGAACAAGAACUAAAUAACAUAGCAGUGGUGCUGACACGGGACACCAUUUACUGCGUUUGCUAAUUGGGCAGUUGUAUAUAGGGCCCCUCCAGUUCUGGGGCAGUCUGCGGAAAUCUUUGUUUUGUUCUGAUUUACGGAGCUCCAGACCCGAGAAGCCUUGUGUGUAAGUAACCCGCCAUUACUUCCUGCCUGGUGAAAUGUUUUAAAGUUAUCAAGUUCGGAAUAUAGCUUGGAAUCAUUUUGUUAAUAAUCUUAAAUAUUUCCGGAGCCUUGUCCUUAAGACGAUUGAUAUGAAGAAAAUUAGUGUAAUAAUAGUAAAUAGAAGUGAGCUGUCAUCAUCAUCAUAAACAAAUUUAGAGGGCUCUCUCCUGAUUUUCUUAUCCAAUUGUGUUGUGUUGGCUUUAAAUGAUGGUGCCCAAUAAGGGGACGGUAAUUAACGUGAUGAGAUGAAUGUUUUUUUAUAAUAACAAUCUUCCCCUGUCGCUUAGAAUACUGCUGUAACUAGUUGUGUUGCGUCCUUUUUGCAUAUUUCAGUAAUGUGGCAAUUAAACAUUAUCAUGGGGUCGAUAGUAGCAGCAAGCAGGACAACACUGUCACCACAAGCUUUUUCUGUUAACCAAAAGUAAACUUUUAAAUAGUAGCGCGACCUCUUUCCUGAAACUUCCCUGGGUUAGCCUUCAUGUCAUUGUCCUCCAACCAUCUAAGUGUGUAGUUUCAGUCUUUGUAGAGGACAGAUGUGACUUUAUCUGUCUCCCUUUGGGAGGACGACAGCGUGUUGUUGUGCACACAAAGGAUACUCACACAUAACAUUCAAUGAACAAUGAUGAUGAAGGUUCACAAGCAGGAGACACAUCUAAAGACAUUCACAAGACUAGCUAUUCAGGGACUUUCAAUAAAGUACCAAAAAUUCCAAACCUACCAGUUUCUCAUCAUGAGCACAGUUGUACAAUCAAGACUCACCCAGUGAAUAAAAUAUCUCAUUUCUACUAAUUUUAAAUAAAACGGCCUUAAGUAGAGCCUUGAGGUAUUUAUUUGAUUAUAUUGAGCCAAGUCACCGAGCCUGAACGCCCGAUCCAUUUUGUUGCGUCUUGCAACAAGUCUAGGUUGCUCGAUUUGCGAUGGUAGGGCGAGGGUGUGGAGGCGCCGUCAUGAACGUUACGCCCAGUGUUGUGUACAGGAAGUUGACAGAUUUCAAGGCGGAAGUGUCAUGGUGUGGGGUGCUUUCUGUGGCAAUGCACGUUCCGGG